AUGGGAACCACGUUCCAAACCCACCCUGUCGUUCGACGGUACCCUCCCAUCCGAAUCACCCCAGCCGACUUCUUCCUCAUCCCCACUCGCCCAGGCACGACCGCAGGCGCCGGGCCACCACCGCACACCGCGCCUCAACCUACACACCCCCAUCGACGCCGGGAACGCACCCCCACCCCUCUGCCAUCAACCCGCCGCCCCUCUCCCUCGUCUCCCGCCCUUCCUCCACCGACAAGGCAAGCCAGCCCCAUUAAUAACCCCCCACUGCCCAAACCAAACACUCCACCCCAACGACUAUACAUAGGUCCAAGGGUCAUCUCCCCUCACCGCCGCUUUUCUCCCCCGACCCCCUAUCUUCUCCCCGCACCAGUCUUUUCAACUCAGUCUAUUCAUCCCGCCCCCCUCUCCUCCCCACCGCCCUCGCUACACUCAAUUCUGAACCAAACUCCGAACCACCAUCACAAAUAUUCACUUGGGCAGCGCCCCCCACACACCGAUCGGCGACUCCCUCGCCAUCCCCUCCCCACCCCCACCGAAAACACCCCUCUCUCGAUCCACCCGAACACAACAGACUCUACCGCACCAUCAUUCCAUCUAGCCACCUUUCCUAUCAUCCCUGUAUCAUCCGUGCCCCCCCCCAACGACAGGACCGCAACCGCUGCCGAAGACCAGUUGUCACCAAACGUAGGGACGACCAACCGCAAGCCCCGAAUGUUCCCCAAUCCUGCCCAACCCCCUGACUCACCGCCCCCCAGGACGAAUCACAUGCAGGCUCGCGUGACACCUCAUUCCACCCCAACACCAACCCAGAACUACGCCCCCCCCCGCCCUCCUUCACUCAACCCGUGCCACCACGCGCGACCCCGCCAAAAACACCAAGAGGUGCGGUCCACUGACCACUCGCGAGCGGGGCCACAGCCUAAAGCCGGCACGGGUUGCACAACCACACGGUCCCAUGGGAUCCAUCAAACGGACCCCCUGAGCCGACACAGACUCGCGGAGAAGGUGACCGCAGCCAUAUCGAACCGCGACGCCUGCGGCCCACCCCGGCUUCUGCACACCCACCCAAUCACCCCGCACACCAUACCCCCCCGACAAUCGUCCCUCCCUAACCUAUACAGAGCCCGCUCCGCGCGCAAAUGA